AUGGAGCGGCAGCGGGAGGUGAAGGCCCUGCUGAAGCGGUGGGAAGCGGCCUUCCUCCGGGAGAGGCGGAGGAAACCCGGCCAGGCUGACAUCGAGGAGGCUCCGGAGGAGACCAGGCGGCUCUACAGGGAGUACAAGGCGCUCAAGCGGCAGAGCGAGGAGGCAGAUCCCUCCCGGCUCAGCCCCUCCGGCCGGCCGGCGACGCAGGAGACCCCGACCGCGGAGCAGGUGCCGGACUCCGGUUGUUGGGGCGCGCACCUGAACCGGCAGCUGAAAACCCCGGGGCCGAGCCGCCCCGGCCGCGCCGUGCCGAAAGCCUCGGCGCAGUACUACGGGAUGAAGCUGAAAUCCAAGCUGGGAGCUGCCGGGAAGGAGACGCCCCUGACUCCCAGGAGGACCCCGAAUCCCAGGAGGCCCCCGAUCGUCCCCAGCCUUCGGACAAAUUUGGAGAACGGUGACAAAACCCCGGCGGAGGCUUCGCAGAGCGAGGGGGGCGAACCGGGAGAUCUCCUCCUUCCUCCCUCGGUGUCGGGGCUGGCCCCCAUCAUCCUCGCCGCGGGAUCGAAGCCGCUGCCGCCCCCGCCGCCCCCCCCCGAGAAAAUCCACAACACCAAGGCGCAGCUGAAGCGGACGGUGGCGCGGACGCUGGGCUCGCUGGAUCCCGCCUGGCUCCAGAGGUGCCAGGGAACACCAGGGGACGAAGGGGUGAUGGCAGGCGCCACGCAGGAGCCAGGUGGCCGGGAAGCGUCGGUGGGAGAUUCCGGAAGGAAAAGACCACGCGGAGAUGGUGGAGACGGUGCGGCGGCUCCGGCGAAGCUCAGGCGAUGCCGCCGGGGCUCGGCCGAGGGAGAGUUUGGUGCUGCCGGCGCGACAAAGCAGAGCGAGGAGGAGGAGGAGGAAGAGCGCGUGACAGCCAAAAAGGAGAGCGAGGUGCCGCGUCCCUCGGAAAACCUCCUGGGGGAGGUGGAGGAAGAGGAGAAACCCGGAUCCAGCCGCAGAGCCGUCGCUGCCAGAGCCGCUCCGCAGAGAGGCGGCAACUUCGUCAGGCUUAACCUAAAGAAGAAAUCGCACGUCCGAGGCUACGCCCUGCGGGGAAAUCGCCUUCGCAAGCAGGCGCGGAAGCAGAAGUGGCAGAAGAAAGCGGAAUGCUUCGGCGGAGGCGGCGGAUCCCUCGCCCGAAGCUCAGACGUCUGCUUCAGCUGCGGCGGGAUGGGGCACUGGGCAGCGGCGUGCCGGGGCCGAGCGACGCCGGAGGAGGUGUUUGCGGCUCUGAAGACGCUGGGCUAUGAUUCCUUCCGCCCGGGCCAGGAGAUGGCCGUCAUGAGGAUCCUCUCAGGCCUCUCCACGCUGGUGGUGUUAUCCACAGGGAUGGGGAAGUCCCUCUGCUACCAGCUCCCCGCUUACCUCUACCGCAAGCGUUCCAAGUGCGUCACCCUGGUUGUUUCCCCGCUGGUGUCCCUGAUGGAUGACCAGGUCUCAGGGCUGCCGCCGUGCCUGAAAGCCGUCUGCAUCCACUCCAACAUGACCAAAAUCCAACGGGAAGCGGUGAUGGAAAAGGUGAGACAGGGCGAAGCGCAGGUGUUGCUGCUCUCUCCCGAAGCCCUGGUCGGCGGAAGCGGAUCGGGAUCCGGCUGCCUGCCCUCCGCCGAUCGCCUGCCGCCCGUCGCCUUCGCCUGCAUCGACGAAGCUCACUGCGUCUCCGAGUGGUCCCACAAUUUCCGUCCCUGCUACCUGCGCCUCUGCCAGGUUCUCCGGGAUCGCCUGGGCGUGCGCUGCUUCCUGGGGCUGACGGCGACCGCCACCCUGGCCACGGCGCGGGACGUAGCCCAACACCUCGGCAUCCCGCCGGAGGAAGGGAUAACGGUGCGCUCCGCCGCCGUCCCCCCAAACCUGCGCCUCUCCGUCUCGAUGGACAGGGACAGGGAUCAGGCGCUCAUCUCCCUGCUGCGGGGCGAGCGUUUCGGGUGCCUGGACUCCAUCAUCGUCUACUGCACGCGGCGGGAGGAGACGGCUCGCGUCGCGGCGCUCAUCCGGACCUGCCUCCAAGGAACGCCGCUCCGGGAGCCUGCCGGAGCCGGGGAGCCGGAGUGCCACACGGCCGAAGCUUACCACGCCGGCCUAUCCGCCGCCGAACGCCGCCGCGUCCAGAGCAGCUUUAUGAGCGGCCAACUCCGCGUGGUGGUGGCCACGGUGGCUUUCGGCAUGGGGCUGGAUAAAUCGGACGUCCGCGGCGUCGUACAUUACAACAUGCCCAAAAAUUUCGAGAGUUACGUGCAGGAGAUCGGCCGGGCAGGGCGCGACGGCGAGCCGGCUCACUGCCAUCUCUUCUUGGAUCCGGAGGGCGGGGAUCUCCCCGAGCUGCGGCGCCACAUUUACGGCGACACGGUGGAUUUUUUUACCGUCAAGAAGCUGGUGCAGAAAAUUUUCUCUCCCUGUAAAUGCUUGUGCUGCCCGCCGCCUCCCUCGCAGGCCGGAGAGGUGGAGGACGCAGAAACGGCCGAGUUCUCGGAGGAGGAAGAGGAGGAGGGCGGCGUGAGGAAGCAGAGCGGGCGGCGGGUGUGCUACAAACACGAACGAGCCAUUCCCAUCCAAGAAACCGUGGAAUCCCUGGAUGUACGAGAGGAAGGAAUCGAGACCCUCCUGUGCUACCUGGAGCUGCACCCGCAGCGCUGGCUGGAGCUGCUGCCUCCCACCUACUCCUCCUGCCGCCUCCUCUGCUACGGGGGACCCCGGCAGCUCCAGGCUGCGGCGCGGAGUUCUCCCCCCGUCGCCGCCGUCCUGGCGCGGGAGCACCUGGCGGGGAGGGACCGCGACCGCGCCGGCUCCCUGGAAUUCGACGUGGUCUCCCUGAGCAAUUCCAUGGGUUGGGAAGUGCCGUUGGUGAAACGCGCCCUGCGCCAGCUCCAGUGGGAUCCGCGCCUGCGGCAAGACUGCGGCGGUGCGGGGAAAAGCGGGGUCCUGGUGGAAUUUGGCGGCCUCUCCUUCCACCUACGCGCCUACGGUGACCUCAGCGACCAGGAGCUGGAUGCCGUCUGCGAUUUCCUCCACCGAAGGGUGGUGGCCAGGGAGAAGACGGCUCUCGGCCACCUCCGCGCCUGCUUCCGGGCCUUCCAGAGCGUGGCCUUCCAGACCUGCGACCCUCACCCUGCCGAUGAGGAAGAGGAGAGGAGCGCCCGGCUGAAGGCUCUGCUCAGCGACUACUUCGAGACGGAGCCGGCUGAGCGGGGCUGCGAGGAAGAGGAGGAAGAGGAAGAUCUCGGCGACGCUAACCUGCGGGAGAGCCAAAUCCGCGCCGACAUCCGCCAUUUCCUCGCCGUCCGCCAGGAUGAGAAAUUUUCCGGCAGAGCCGUCGCCAGGAUAUUUCACGGCAUCGUUUCCUCCGGACGCUGGGAUCUGGCAGGACGCGCCGUCCCUCCCCGCCGCGGCGUCGUCCGCGGUUUGGGAACGGCACGCUGCCUUGCCAAAAUCCUUUUAAACAUUAACCGGUGA